AUUAAACGUCGUAUUUUUUUAAGGAAAAUUAAACGUGGUAUUAUUUCUUUAAUUAUUCCCUUAUAUUAUAUAUAGACCAAUAAGCAUAGCAUAGUUAAUUCAAGCAACAAUCUUUAUUCAUUAGCAUAAAGUGAGAAAACCAUCAUAAACGUCCUCCUCCAAGUUCAAGCAAUUCAAAACAUGGAAAUAACAAGGUACUUAAGCAGACGGGGCUAUCGGCGUCUCGACUACGGCACAACAACCACCGGCCGACGGAAGAAGAUGCAAAUCAUAAGGAUGAGAAGUCCACGUAGGGAUUGGAAGAUCAGAACAAGCCCAAAGCUAAGAUGGAUGAUAAGAUCACCAUUGAAAUUGUUGACAAAAGUCAAGAAUACGUAUAUGAACUUUAUGUUGAAGUUGGCUGGUAAUGUAGGAGGGGCCUUAAACACUGAUAACAAGUUUGGUAUGAAACGGAUUCCAAAGGCUCGUCAAGUGUCUAAUUCUAAAGGUUAUUCUGGUGAUGCAUUUGAGGCUAGGCUUAUAUUUGAGAUUUCUAAGACCUUGGUUGCUUCACAUGAACUAUAUUCCAUGUAGUAAUUGCUUGUUUCUUUGUUUUCUUUGAAGUUUUGUAAGAGUUUCCACGUGAUUCUCAUUUCCCCAUUAGAGGGUGUUAUGCAAUUGAUUCAAUUGUAUCAUAUUUUCAUUGUCUCAUGAUUGUGCUUUUCACACAUUACGGUAACUUUUCAUACACCUGAACACAAAAGAUAGUGUUGCAAUUU